ACAACCUUUUAUAAAUAUUUCUAUGUGGACAACCUGUAAUGUAUAUAUUUACGUAGACAGCGUUUUAAAACACGUUUAUGAAGACAACGUUUUCUAAACAUUUCUAUACAGAUAAAAUUUGUUAACUGAAUGGACAAGGGCACAUGGAAAAUGUCUUCAAAACCAAGCAAGGAGAAAGACAGUCUGGAAUUACCCGAAGAAAAAUGUAGUGGCCAAGAGAUGGCUCAGACGCUUGAAUUGAUUGCAGAAGCGUGUGAUGAGUUCAGUGAAAUCACAACGUUUCACGGUUUGCGUUUGGUCUGUGCUCGUAAUCUUCAUGUUUUCAGAAGGUCCAUUUGGAUCAUUAUUGUUUUAAGCUGUUUCGUGGCGCUUGCCCUGCAAGUUCAGCAGCAGGUCAUUUACUUCUUGAGUCACCCCAAGACUAUUUAUGUCGAGAAGAUGCCAGUCAAGUCCCUAGACUUUCCAGCCAUUACCAUUUGUAACGAAAAUACUUUUAAAAUUUCAGCUGCUUACCAGAGGGGGUAUUUUAACGUGAUUAAGAAAAUGAUUGAAGAAAACCUGUCCCAAGAUGACGUAGACUUAGCGGAAGUGGGAAACCUUAGCCUGGAUGAGCUGCACUACCAAGUUGGAAAUCGGAUGGAAACCAUGUUGCUUAGGUGCAAGUGGAGCACGAAUGAGAAAUGUUCGGCAACAAACUUUACUACUCAGCUGACUGAUCAGGGUCUAUGUCACACCUUUAACGGCCCUCUGUCAGAUCGAUCUUUGACAGUUCAAACACCAGGGGCGUCUAAAGCUCUCCAGUUGACCUUGAAUGUUGAAGAAUAUGAAAGGAUGUCAGGCUCGCAUGUCGCCUCAGGCAUUCAUCUUUUGGUUCACCACAGACGGGAAUAUCCGCUGGUCGAAAGACUAGGUCAAGCUGUGGCCACAGGCAGUCAUACCUUUAUUGCCCUCUCGGAGAUUAAGGAGCAACGACUUGGACGGCCGUAUGCCAACUGUAGUUCGGGCCACUUGUCGUAUGUCCCUAACGACACAUACAUCUAUGCCAGAUCUUCGUGUGAGACGGAAUGUUAUGUUUCCUACGUGGUAGCCAAAUGUGGCUGCAAGGAUUUCUAUAUGCCAGGAGAUGUUCGAGUCUGCAAUUUAAAUCAAUACGUCCAGUGUUUAAAGACUAUACAACAGCACUAUACAUCACGAGAAGACAAAUUUUGUGACUGCUCAACGCCUUGUUCAACAGUUCGUUAUGAGCCUCUGUAUUCUUAUGGCGCUCUCUCCAAAAUAGCCGUAGAUAAACUGAAACAAGAGGAUAUCGAGAAAAUUAAACCUCGCUAUAAAAAGGCAUUAGAUGUCUCUGAAUAUCUGAGCGAAUCGAGGGAGAUCAAGAAAAAAGAUUACUCAACUUUUUCACGUUCCCUUCACUUGACCAGUGAUUUCUACAGGAAUAUUCCAUUGAUCAGUACAAGCUCUAUAAGAGAGACUGUUAGGAAGAUGUCCGAGCGGUCAGCUCUAUUCUACCAUUUGAUUGACGGCUUGCUGCUGUCUCAAGUUUCACUGCUCAUGACGUCAUUGAUUGGCCCCUGGGCACUUGAAAGACAACUGGCCGAUGUGUCGCCUGAUUGUCUUGCCUACAGCCUCCGGGGGAAAUUUCAGCAGUUAAAAUUCAGAUCAAAUGAUGACGUGAAUCGUCUGAUGUUGAGUCUCAUAAUAGAACAGCUUGAUGGAAGGCAAUUUCUUACCAGAGAAAAUAUAAUUAUCAACGAAAACGUUUUACAAGCUUACAAGAGUGAUAUAUCUAUCUCCUGGGCACAUAUUCCUGGGACAUACAACUUCUCGGCACAUAUUCCUGCAACUUUAAGCUCUUCGGUGAAUUCCUCUGUGGAAAUUACUCAGAUGUUCGCUGUAUCGGAUGUAUCGGAUGUAUCGGAUGUAUCGGGUGUAUCGGAUGUAUCGGAUGUUUCUAGAAGUUGGUCUAUGUAUCAAGAGAAAGCCUUCUGUCUACAACAUCAACUUGAGCUAGUCCGCAAAAUGUCCUUAGAAUUUUUUCAAUCAGAAAAUUCUUUAGUGGAUCAACAGAUUCCUAUCAGAGAAACAAUCGAUCAAUUGAUUGCCCAUUGUAAAAGUUAUCAAGCUGCAGGUCAAACGUUUCAGCGAGUGAUGGAAUCCCCCGUAUCCAUCUUAGCCAAUCACAGAAAACGUUUGAAUGAUUCGGUCACUUCGUGUCUUCGCCAGCUCAAUAACAUCAAUCCCAUCCUCGACUUGAUCGAUAAACAUGCCAGAGAAAUCUUAGCAAAACCUCUCAACUUAUUCACGAAGGUGGACGGCAUGCUGGGACAGUACCACGACAAUCUCAAGAUUUCAAAGUUUGACAUCGUUGAUCUGUUGUUGGGUAAACUCGGCCAACGAGCACUAGCACAGUUCAAUGCUGGGAGCCUUGAAAUUCUCGACAGCAUUUCAAAAAUUAAACAUUUUCUCUCGCAAACAGAGGCGUGUUUUUCAUCUAUUUAUAAUGACGCGGCUUUAACAUGGCGUGGGUUUCAAGAUAAGUUACAUGACUCCGGAGUAAACCUUGACCCUAACCUUGACCCUAACCUUGACCCUAACCUUGACCAGUUGACACUUGAUAACGCUGACGACAUGUCUAAAAUACAAGGAAGGUUGUCUGAGUUGGGUCAAGUCGACCUCUACCAUCAGAACUUAACAGCUCUCGUUCAACUCCUCAUGGCAGACGCCAAGAACUUCAGGCAACAGGCAGUUGUUGAUUUAAAUUUUUACAGCAAAAAUUUUAUUUUCUUGGACAUUUACUUCUCCGAUAUAAGCUACACAAGCACAGAACAACAAGUGGCAUAUGACGUCAUCAAACUAUUAAGUGACAUCGGUGGAUCAAUGGGUCUGUUGGUUGGGGCCAGUGCCAUCUCCUUGAGUGAGUUUUUUGACUUCAUUUGUCUGCUUAUCACUCACCUACGCAGGAAGGGACUACAGCAUGUACGUCGAUCAAGUGGGAUGAUAAAAACAUUCUGGUCGGGCUAGGUGUUGGAGUCCUUCAAAAAGUGGGAUGAUAAAAACAUUCUGGUCGGGCUAGGUGUUGGAGUCCUUCAAAAAGUGGGAUGAUAAAAACAUUCUGGUCGGGCUAGAUAUUGGAGUACUUCAAAAAGUGGGAUGAUAAAAACAUUCUGGUCGGGCUAGGUGUUGGAGUACUUCAAAAAGUGGGAUGAUAAAAACAUUCUGGUCGGGCUAGGUCUUGGAGUACUUCAAAAAGUGGGAUGAUAAAAACAUUCUGGUCGGGCUAGGUCUUGGAGUCCUUCAAAAAGUGGGAUGAUAAAAACAUUCUGGUCGGGCUAGGUCUUGGAGUCCUUAAAAAAGUGGGAUGAUAAAAACAUUCUGGUCGGGCUAGGUCUUGGAGUCCUUCAAAAAGUGGGAUGAUAAAAACAUUCUGGUCGGGCUAGGUGUUGGAGUCCUUGAAAGUUUUUAAAGCCUUCACAUUUAUAAAAAUCGGCUUUUAAAUAUUGACAA